AGCUAGGAGGUUAGGAGGCACCAGGCCGAUGAUCCCGCGUUGGUAUAACUUCUGCUGCCCUCCCCCCGCCUCGAUGGUGUUCCUCACAGCGGUAGCAACCACUGCAACAAUUUAUCAAAGACACUCGUUUGGUUGCGCAGCUGCACACAACACUCACCAUGUUGUUCCGUUUCUCCCUUCUGGUCUCGGCCCUUGCCGGUCUGUCCAUGGUCGCCGGCCAAAAGUACCCCAUCACCGGAGUCAAGGUCGGAGUCAGCAGCACCAACGUGCCCAUUCGCAAGAACAUCAACGACCUCCAGUCCGCUGGCGGCCCGCAAUGGUCUCUUUACAUUCGCUCUCUCAUUAAUAUGUACAAGGAGGAUGCUUCCAACCAGCUCUCCUUCUUCCAGGUUGCCGGUAUUCACGGCAAGCCCUACGUUGAGUGGAACGGUGCCGGCAAGAGCACCUCCAAUGGCUGGAUGGGAUACUGCCCUCACGGCGAGAACCUCUUCCUGCCGUGGCACCGACCUUAUCUUGCUCUGUACGAGCAACGCCUAGUCGCUACCGCUGUCAAGCUCGCCAAUGGAUAUCCCGCCAACGUCCGCGCCACCUGGGUCAAGGCUGCUCAGACCCUCCGCGCUCCCUACUGGGACUGGGCUCUUCAGGACUCGGUUCCCACCGCCACUGUCACCAAGAGACUGACCAUCACCAUCCCCAACGGCUCGACCGGCACCAAGCAGUACACCGUCGACAACCCUCUGGCCGCCUACUACUUCCCCAAGAAGGCCCUCGAUGGAACCUUUGGCAACUUCGACCAGCCCGCCAACCGACCUCAGAUCUACCGUUGCCGUAGCCCGCAGAGCUACCCCGGAUCGGCCAACUCCGCCAUGCGUGCCCGUCCCUACAAGUCGUGGGUGUACGAUGCCUUCACUUCCUCCACCACCUUUGACCAGUUUGCCUCCACUGGCAGCACCGGUGUGAGUCUGGAGCAGAUUCACAACGCCAUCCACUGGGACGGAGCUUGCGGUUACCAGUUCCUCGACGCCGACUUCUCCGCCUUCGACCCUCUUUUCAUGCUGCACCACGCCAACGUCGACCGACUCUGGACCUACUGGCAGUUCAUCCGACCCAACCAGGCCAUCUUCAAGGGCAGCUACAAGGGCGGUGCUCGCUUCAACAACCGCGACGGCGCCACCAUCACCCCCGACUCGCCUCUCCAGCCCUUCUACCAGUCCAACGGCAAGUUCCACACCCCCAACUCGGUCACCAGCAUCCGCAACUUCGGCUACACCUACGAGGGUCUCGAGUACUGGCGUAAGUCGUCCGACACCUUGAAGAAGGACGCCACUGCCAUCAUCAACCGCCUGUACGGAUCAGGCAGCUCCAAGAAGGCCAAGCGCGACGACGCCACCCUCACUCGUUACUUUGCCCAGAUCCAGGUCGACGUUGAGCAGCUCGACCGCCCUUGCGCCAUUGGCCUUUUCGUCAACACCACCAGCGUUGGCAACUUCAUCGUGCUCAAGCAGCCCGCCAACGGUCUUUUCUACGGAAAGUUCUCUCUGGACCGCGCCGCCGACCCCGUCGAUCUUGCGGAUUCCAAGACCACCGUUGUUGUCAAGGACAUCCUCGCCGGCCUCAGAGUCGAGAUCAAGAACCACGCUGGAGAGAUCAUUGACCUCGCCACCGUUCCCAGCUUGAAGAUCGAGCUGGAGAACGCCGACAUUGUUCCUCCGGACAACACGGAACAGCUGCCCGAGUACACCGACGCCGAGAAGCGUCCUGCACCCAAGAAGCAGAAGCAACCGCCUGUCAAGGCUUAAUAUGUUUACUUAUAGUCAAGUUCGAUUCGUCUAAAAUCUAUUCGUCGCAAGUCGACACUGUAGUAUAUAUAACUUCUGCUACGAA